AAUCCCCCCAACCGCCCGGAGCCGCUGCCUCGUGGGCCCCGCCGCCGCGCAGCCAUGGCUGAGCGCCGCGCGGCCGUACGCCCAUGGCGACAUCCUCCUCUGACCGCGGGCCCCACCCCUCCUCCCGAUCGAUGUGUCCGCUUCCUCUUCCUCGCGCGUGGCAGCCUAGCUAGGGCUAUAUACGCGCGCGCGGCGGCGGGCGGCGAGCGGUGACGCGAGGGCCGCUCGCAUCGCAUCGUCUCGGGCGGGGCGGGAGCUCGUUUGGAUGGGGUGGUGGUGGUGGUGGUGAUCGGCGAAUUGUUGGAAUUUUCUACUCUAUUCUAUCCAUCCAUCCGUCCAUCCAACACGUUGGCGGGAAUGGCGUUCUUCGAGGAAAUGGUGACGGAUUCGUGGUACGUCGUCUACCUCCGCCAGAUUGCAGCGUCGGUACCGGCGUCGAGCUGCGACGCGGCGGCGGGCGGCGACGAGGAGUGCCGCGACGAGCCGGCGGCCCUGCGGCUCAAGAUGGUGGCCGUCGCGGCCAUCCUCAUCGCGGGCGCGGCUGGGGUCGCUAUCCCGCUCGUCGGCAGUAGGCGGCGGGGCGGUGGUGGGGGCGGGAGCGCGUCGUCCGGUGGGCUGUUCGUGCUCGCCAAGGCGUUCGCGGCGGGGGUGAUCCUCGCCACGGGGUUCGUGCACAUGCUGCACGACGCGGAGCACGCGCUCUCCAACCCGUGCCUCCCGGCAUCCCCCUGGCGGCGCUUCCCGUUCCCGGGGUUCGUCGCCAUGCUCGCCGCGCUCGCCACCCUCGUCGUCGACUUCGUCGGCACCCACUUCUACGAGCGAAAGCACCGCGAGAAGGCCGAGGCCGCGGCCGCCGCAACCGCCCAAGAGGCGGCGGCGGCGCUGCUCGAGGACGGUGCGCUGUCGGGAACCAUGGCCACGGCCGGGGACGGCGAAGGAAGGGACGGAGGAGGAGGAGGAGGCGACAAGCGGGACGCCAUGCACAUCGUCGGGAUUCACGCGCAUGCGGCCGCGCACCGGCACAGCCAUGCGCACGGCCACGGCGUGUGCGAUGGGGGAGCUGUGCAUGAUGGCCACGCGCAUGGCCAUGGCCACGGCCACGGCCACGGCCACGAGGAGGGCCCGUCCGCUCGCCAUGUGGUCGUCUCGCAGAUUCUGGAGAUGGGAAUCGUUUCUCACUCGGUCAUCAUCGGGCUAUCGUUGGGCGUCUCUGAGAGCCCGUGUACCAUCAAACCUCUUGUUGCUGCCCUCUCAUUCCACCAGUUCUUCGAGGGUUUCGCGUUGGGAGGCUGCAUUUCUGAGGCUGAGUUAAAGAACUUCUCUGCUUUCCUGAUGGCUUUCUUCUUUGCUAUCACAACACCUGCUGGGAUCAGUGUGGGGGCAGCGAUUGCAUCGUUUUACAAUCCCAACAGCCCCAGGGCUUUGGUGGUGGAGGGAAUUCUGGACUCAAUGUCGGCCGGUAUACUGAUCUAUAUGGCAUUAGUGGAUCUUAUUGCUGCUGAUUUUCUUAGCCGGAAGAUGAGCUGCAACCCAAGGCUUCAAGUGGGCUCAUAUAUAACUCUGUUUCUUGGGGCCAUGGCCAUGGCAGCCCUGGCCUUAUGGGCUUAGUGGGUAGACUUUAAGUAAGAUGAGACUUGGGAGAAACUGCUUGCAAUGUGCUAGGAGUUUCUCCCUAGGUGCUUGUACUUCUAGAGGAAGAUGGGUUCUUCCGUCUUUUCUAUCAUUGUUCUGUUUAUUCGUUCUUUCCAUGAUGAUGGGUUAUACAAGUCCCUCUUUUUAUUCAUACAAAACAAAGUCCCUAAUUGGGAUUUAUUCUGAUGAAUAGACAAGAGUGAUGAUUAUAGUUCGAGGAAUAAAGAGUUCUUGAGUUCAAACCACUUUGCACAUGUCCAUUUCUUUCUAUUGUUAUGUAUGAGAGGACUUUGCAAUCCUUUUGUUACAAGGUUUCAAUCUCACUUAUGAGUCAAUAUGGAUAUUGGAGUAGUGAAAUAAACAGCUUAGGUAUUUCUUGCCAUAUUGCUUUGACUGGUAAGUGAGGUCACUGGCUGUCACUAGGAUGCUUGGAGUUUUGAAGGAAGAUGACAUGUUUUAUAUUUGCAUUGUGUCUGUUGCAAACUGUUUGUAUUUUUGAACUCAGAUAUAUCAAGUAUGAGUUCUCCACGUUGUAUUACUUGUACUGAUUUAUGAAUAGAUGUGCAUUAUUCUGGUAUUAUUUUACCCUGUGGAGUUAUUUCAAAAUAAAAUACAAUAUGUCGCCAUCUUGGUGCUCAUUGCUGAUGGUGUUUUGCAUGUUGUUCAGAAAAUGAGCAAGUAAAAUGGGGUUUAUUUAAAUAGACUAUUUAUGAUCUUUUAUGUUCACGAGCUGAGGCCCAAGGAAAAUUACAUUCAUACUUAGGCAACUUGUAUACGAAGGAUAUCAAUAAUGGCACGUGAAGCUCGUCCAUCAAGAAAGAGGUUUUGUCUUUAUGCUGAUUCCAUCUAUUCCUUGGCAAUCUUUUGUGCCAGAUUUUCCCUGCAUAUCAAAUCUGGAAAGCCUGGGGCCUGGGGGGCAUAUCUGUUGUCCACAAAUAAGGUCCUAGUGAUGUUAUUAGCUUUGUUGGUCCUUCAGCCAUGGCUAAACCUGGAGAUAUGUUUUCGAGUUCGACAUAAAUAAAUAAUCACUAUAGCAGACUGUCAGUUCAUCAGGUAAACGCAGUUUUGGUGGAUAAUGCAGGUUAGCUGACCUUGUGACCUUGUGUCAUACACUAGGUAAAUUCUGUGUUAGUGGAUGAUAUAAUUCAGAGCUGAUUGACACUAAAGUUGCAACUUCUUGUUCAUCAGGUAAAUGCUGUGUUGGUGGAUAAUACAAGUUAGAGUUGAUUGACACUAAAGUUCAAACCAUCCUAGUUCAUCAGGUGAAUGAACUACAAGGUGCAAUGGCAAGUGAUCAAGUAUCGAACGUUUUCUUCGUAAGUCGUCGUGUAGGAGUACGACUGUACGAGGCAAUGGAUUUCUACAGAUAGAAGUAAAAAAUGAAGAUAAUGCAAUGGGAUUAUAAGAGUAUAAGUUGUUCAGGCAUCCGGAUACCCAGUAUCUGAAGGCAGGAUUCAGGGACAGCAUGAUAUGGUUGCCACUAAAGACAGAAGAACCUGGCACACAAACGCCAGUGGUCUGCCGAUUAUAGCAACUUGCUGAGACAUGUUUCAAGACUAAAAGUCAAUCUCUUUCUCUUCCUUAGGGUCUGUCUUUACAGACUGCAGUGCAUGUGCAUGUAAAGUUUUCAGUGGUUACCCGUGGGGGAAUAUGGUAGCCAAUUGUCAAAAUAACAAUAGAGCACUGUGUCAGCUGGAAAUGCGGCAG